UGCAGCCAGUCACUGCUACCCUCACCAUGAGUCCCUGGCAGCCUUUGGUCCUGGUGCUCCUGGUGCUGGGCAGGUGUUCCACUGCCCCUCAAAGGCGCCAGCCUACCCGUGUGGUCUUCCCCAGAGAUUUGAGAAGCUCCACUCUCACUGAUACCCAGCUGGCAGAGGAAUACCUGUUCCGCUACGGCUACACUCCUGUGGCUGAGAUGCACGGGAAUAAUAAGUCGCUGGCGCCUGCGCUGCUGCGCCUUCAGAAGCGGCUGUCUCUGCCUGAGACCGGAGAGCUGGACAGCGCCACGCUGCAGGCCAUCCGUACCCCGCGCUGCGGUGUCCCAGACGUGGGCAAAUUCCAAACCUUCGAGGGCGACCUCCAGUGGCACCAUCGCAACAUCACAUACUGGAUCCAAAACUACUCGGAAGACCUGCCGCGCGACGUGAUCGACGACGCCUUCGCGCGCGCCUUCGCGGUGUGGAGCGAGGUGACGCCGCUGACCUUCACUCGCGUGUACGGCCGCGAAGCAGACAUCGUCAUCCAGUUUGGUGUCGCGGAGCAUGGAGACGGGUAUCCCUUCGACGGGAAGGACGGGCUGCUGGCCCACGCCUUUCCCCCUGGUCCCGGUAUUCAAGGAGAUGCCCACUUCGACGAUGAAGAGCUGUGGUCUUUGGGCAAGGGCGUCGUGGUCCCCACCUACUAUGGAAACGCGAACGGCGCGCCCUGUCACUUCCCCUUCACCUUCAACGGCCGCUCCUACUCCGCCUGCACCACCGACGGUCGCACGGACGGCAAGCCUUGGUGCAGCACCACGGCCCACUACGACACGGACCGCAAGUUCGGGUUCUGCCCCAGCGAGAGACUCUACACCCAGCACGGCAACGGGGAUGGCAAGCCCUGCGCGUUUCCCUUCAUCUUCGAGGGCCGCUCCUACUCUGCCUGCACCACCGACGGUCGCUCGGACGGCUUCCGCUGGUGCGCCACCACCGCCAACUACGAUCAGGACAAGCUCUUCGGCUUCUGUCCCACUCGAGCUGACUCCACGGUGAUCGGCGGCAAUUCGGCCGGGGAGCUGUGUGUCUUCCCCUUUGUCUUCCUGGGCAAGGAGUACUCGUCCUGUACCACCGAGGGUCGCCAGGACGGGCGCCUCUGGUGCGCCACCACCUCCAACUUCGACGCAGACAAGAAGUGGGGCUUCUGCCCAGACCAAGGAUACAGCCUGUUCCUUGUGGCAGCACACGAGUUUGGCCACGCACUGGGCUUAGAUCACUCCUCUGUGCCAGAGGCGCUCAUGUACCCCAUGUACCGUUUCCUCGAGGGCUCCCCACUGCACGAGGAUGAUGUGAAGGGCAUCCAACAUCUCUAUGGUCCUGGCCCUGGACCGAAACCAAGACCUCCAACUACCACCACCACCACCACGCAUGAACCGCAGCCCACCGCUCCCUCGACUGUCUGCCCCACCUUCCCCCCUGAUGUUCGCCCCACAGCCGGCCCCACAGGCCCUCCUGCGCCUGGCCCCACAGCCCCCACCUCAGCUGGCCCUACAGGUCCCCCCACAGCAGGGCCCCCUCCAGCCCCUACAAAGUCUUUGAAGCCGGUCAAUCCCUGCAGUGUGCACAUGUUCGACGCCAUUGCGGAGAUCCAGAACUAUCUGCAUUUCUUCAAGGACGGGUGGUACUGGAAGUUUUCUGAGGGCCGAAGGCGACGGCUGCAGGGCCCGUUCCGUAUCUCUGACACGUGGCCCGCGCUGCCCACCAGACUGGACUCUGCCUUUGAGGAUCCCCUUUCCAAGAAGAUUUUCUUCUUCUCGGGGCGCCAAGUGUGGGUGUACACAGGCACGUCGUUGCUGGGUCCAAGGCGUCUGGACAAACUGGGCCUGGGCCCAGAGGUGUCCCAGGUCACCGGGCUGCUGUCCCGCAGCGCAGGAAAGGCGCUGCUCUUCAGCACCGAGCGCUUCUGGAGGUUUGACGUGAAGACGCAGACGGUGGAUCCCCAGAGCGUCACGCCGGUGGACCAUGUGUUCUCCGGGGUGCCCUUGAACAUGCACGAUGUCUUCCAGUACCGAGGGAAAGUCUACUUCUGCCAGGACCGCUUCUACUGGCGAGUGAGUUUCUGGAAUGAAGUGAACCAGGUGGACGAAGUGGGCUACGUGACCUAUGACAUCCUGCGGUGCCCUAAUUAGGGCUUCCAUCCUGCUUCCACAGAGCAGGGCAGGUUCCCCAGGGGACCAUUCUAGCCGAGAAGGAGCCAGUUUGCUGGAUACAAACCUGUCUCUUCUGGAGGGUAAGGAGGAUGGAGAAGGACUGGGUCCUCUCUUCACAUCUUCCUCUUUUGUCAGAAUAUUUCUAAUAAAUGUGAAUUCUCUAA